AUGACUAUAAUGCAUGAUGGUAAGCAGGAAUCACAAAUGACAAAGCAUUCACAGAAUACAUAUCAAAUGGGGGUUAAUAUUAACACAACGAACAUAUUAAUUGUGUUGCUGCUUCUCUUUUUAGGCCUAAAAAAUUAUACUCUUGCGCUAUGUGUUUUGGUAGUUUGGAAGUUUAUGUUAUUAUUAAGACAUGAAUCAAAAGUUGUGAAUCCUCCGAAUCCGUCGACUUUACCGUACGCAUUUGGUAUUGAACAUUCACAAGGUUCAACCAUAAGUAAACCAUUCGCAGAAUACCCAAAAAUAUCUGAGGAGGUAGAGACGAUCAUUGGAAAUACUAUUAGAGAUUUUGUUACUCCAUGGUACCAGCAAAUCAGUACCAACUCAGCAUUCACUGAGGAACUUCGGAUGGUUCUUUAUGAGUUAGUCAGGGAUAUGAAGAACCGGCUAGAUAACAUAGACCUUGCGGACUUGCUUGUUCUGAAGCUGUUACCAUUAAUAACAAAACACUUUAAUGCAUUUACUUUAGCAUACGAGAUUGUAUCUGGAGACGUUAUAGCGGGUGCAGUUAAUGAAGAUAGCAAGAGCUUUAGUCUGGCGGUUGCAGUGGAAUUUACUAAAAACUAUAAAAGGCAUCAAGCUCUUACAGGCAAUUUAAAACUUGCCUCUAGUGACAUUCAGAAAUACUUAAUAGAAAAGUCAAAGUUGAUUACUGCAAAUGUUCUUAAUGGUCGCGAACUCUCUUCACCGUUCACCAAAAUUUUAAGUCGUGAAAUACUAUCCAAUUGUGUUUUACAUCCGUUUGUAUUGAAGCUUUCUUCUUCUGAUUUUUGGAACAUUAAGUUAGUAGAGAUAUCCAAAAAGGUAUUAAAAGAGAGAACGCAAGUGCAGGAGUUAAGGAAGGCCCUUUCCAAGGAAAUAGAAGAUCCAUAUAUAUCAGGACCUCGUUCAGGUACCCGCGCCAAUACUCCUACAAAAUAUAGUCUUAGUGUUGCAUCUACAGGACAAGAAUUUGAACAAUUUUUAAAAUACCUUAGUGGAUUAAGCCAACAAGCUGACUUAAAUUCUGAGAAAUUUUUUAUCUUGGCUAAACUAUUGACUUUAUCUAAAAAUACCUAUCUCUCAACAGCUGAAUAUGAAUUUCAAAAAAGGCUUCAAUUAUCUUUGAAUCUUGUCGAGAGCAGAUUAUCGUAUAUUGUGGGGGCAAAUAACUCUAUUGCGAUCGAAUUUAAUGAUACUCAAUUAUCUGGAUUUGAAUCACUUGUCAAAUCCGUAGAUAUUCAAACUGUACUUGCUGAUUCUGAGUAUACGAAAUAUUUCCAUGACUUUUUAGUCAGUUGUCACGGACAUAAAGGAUGCCUUGAAUUCUGGUGUUUUGUUGAGGGUGUAAAAAACCCAUUGGAGGACCCUACUAAUGAGACUAUGGCGAUUAACUUGUCAGAUAAUGGUAUUAUGGAUUUAAAAACUGCAUAUAAUAAUUUUUUGAAAGAUGAUAAGCCUUUGCACUCGUUUAGCAAUGAAUAUAUCCGAGAUAUAUCUUACUUUGUGCAAACUUAUGCAGAAGUUGACAAAAUCACCAGGGCUAAGCUAUAUUUGCGCGCUAGGAAAUGUUUGUUAUUACUACAGGAUGAGUGCUUUAAAAAGUUAGAGAAUGUUUAUUUCCCAAGAUUCAAGGACUCGUCAUUGUUUCUGAGAAUGAUCUCGUCUUCAGAAUUCACAAGAUCCAGUCUAUUUGCAGAUUAUGUUAAUAAUACUGCUGUGUCAUGUAACAAUAAUUCUGGCGAUACUAAGCUAAAGAAGGUCGGCAUGAUGGUUAUAGGUGAUAUUGAUAAGGCUUUAGACAAUAUAUUGAAUGAUGAUGACCCUCAAGAAGCUGGUAGGAACUAUGUUAAGAAUAAAAGGUCACAUUCUACUCUAUUUGGGAAUGCAGAUCAUGAUGGUAUUUUUGAUGAUACUUUAUUUGUCGAUGACUCUAUGAGCCAACAUUGUGAAUCUCAUGAGGACAUAAAUAACAGUGAACAUUCAGAACAUUCAGAUAAUGACAUACCUCAUGAACUAUUACGUUCUGAUAUUGUUGAUGGAGAUAUUAUGGACAGUAAAAUUGAACUGCGGGAUAUUAAAGAGGAAAUAGCUAAGUUAACCAUCUCUAUCGAUGAACUACAAAAACAGCUUGAAUUAUUAAAGCAUUUAAUUUUAAAAGCAGAAUUAACGAAUAACCAGUCUCAAUUGAAGUUAUUAAGGAAGUCUGAAAGAACUUUAUCAAAUGAAUUGGAAUAUAAGGAAUUGUUAAAACAACAGUAUACUGUUCUAGAAAAUGCGAAUAGCUUGUUUGGUAAAACAAAAGUUUCCAUAAAAACUUAUAUCUCGGAGUUAUCUGCAGAGGAUGGCAAGGAGGUUACGUAUUAUAUUAUUCGCGUUAAUCAUUUAAAUGGAAGCCAGAUAACCUCUUGGGAAAUUCCUAGAAGAUACAGUGAGUUUUACAAAUUGAAUAUAUACUUAAAGAAAUCCUAUGGCUCUUUAGUUAGCCAUCUCCAGAAGAAGCAUGUAUUUCCUCAAAAGGUUAAGAUGUCAUUAAAGUAUCAUGUUUCAAAGUCUUUAUUGUAUGGAGAAAGGCGUAUGAAGUUAGAAAGUUAUCUGCGUAGCUUACUACUGUUAAGCGAUGUCUGUCAAGACACAACAUUUCGUAGGUUUCUAACGGAUGUAUCAAAUACUUUCACAACAGAUUACACAGAUAUUGAAACCAAAAGAAGCCGACUCAGCGAAACUUCGCUCUCGCAACUCAGUGAAUCUAACGCAAUCGUGAAACGUUAUUCGGGGCUUGAUUAUCAAGUAACUACAUUAGAAGAAGAUGAAUUCACAAAGGAAUCAAAUUUCUACGAAGACGAAAGAAAUUUUUAUUCAGGGACAUUCACAAAGCCCCGAUCGUUCGUUAAGCCGAUAUGUGAUUUAUUCAUAGCACUUUUUUCUUUGAACAAAUCUAAUUCUGGCUGGUUACGUGGCAGAGCUAUCAUUGUGGUAUUACAACAACUACUUGGGAGCACUAUAGAGAAUUACAUUAAAGACAUGAUUGGGAGAGUUCAAUCUGAGGAAAAAGUUUAUGAAUUACUUGUUGCAGUGAAAGAAAUGCUAUGGAUAAAUGGCACAUUCUUUGCGAGUAAUAGGCCGACGGGAUCCCCUCAAAGGACUGAAAGUAUGAUCCUAAGGAGUAGAAAAGAAGCAUCUGUAUUGUUGGAUCACCUAAUGAUGGAAACAUGUGGCAGAGUUGUUGGACUGCGUGGGGCCAAGAAUACUAGUGUAAUGUUACAUGCAAUGUUACAAAAUGAAUACUUGAAUGCCAGUUUGGUGUUGGAAAUAUUAGACAUAGUAUUUGAUGAGUUGUUCCAACUACCUAAUCAGGCAGUCAUCUAG